GCUUCCUGGGGCUGCAACCCCCGGCGCAGUUCCUCAUUCUCCUCGCACUCGGGCCUCAGGCUCAGUGGAGCUCAGCACUGGGGUGUUGGUGGCAGCACUGAGGGGCCCCCCACUGCCCCAUCAUGGCGUCUGCUCCCACCGUCCUCUUCCUUGGCUGCUGGCUGGCCGGUCACAGCGGGGCGUGGGGAGAGCCCAGCUACCCCAAACCCAGCAUCUCCCUGAGCCCCAGCGGAGGGGUCUCCCUGGGUGGAGCCGUGGCCGUCUGGUGUCGGGGGCAGCACUGGGGCAUGCAGUUCAUGCUGAAUAAAGAGGGACGCCAUUUCCCAGCUGUGGCUUCGAGCGGGUUUGAGGCUGUGUUUCCCAUCAUCAACGUGAGCUGGGAGGACCGGGGGAACUACAGCUGCUCCUAUCAGAACAGAUCGGGGUCAGCCGCCGCAUCGCCCCCCAGCGACCCCGUGGAGCUGGUGGUGAGAGAUCCCAGCUUGCCCAGACCCUCCAUCUCUCUGAGCCCCACUGGGGUCACGGCCCCAGGGGCAGAUGUCACCAUCCGGUGUCAGGGGCAGCGCCAGGACGUGAGGUUCUUCCUGCACAAGGCUGGAGACCUGAACCCGCCGCGACACAUGGACCCUGCUGGGGACGGGGCCGAGUUCCACAUCCCCACCGUGGGCCGGCAGCACGGAGGGAACUACAGCUGCAGCUACCGGCCCCGAUCAGAGCCCUUCAACUCCUCGGACCCCAGCGACCCCGUGCAGCUGGUGGUAGCAGAGCCCAGCUACCCCAAACCCAACAUCUCCCUGAGCCCCAGCUGGGGGGUCUCCCUGGGGGGAGCCGUGGCCGUCUGGUGUUGGGGGCAGCACCGGGGCAUGCGGUUCGUGCUGAAUAAAGAGGGACGUCAUUUCCAAACUGUGGCUUCGAAGGGGUUUGAGGCUGUGUUUCCCAUCAGCAACGUGAGCCGGGAGGACAGGGGGAGCUACAGCUGCUCCUAUCACAGCAGAUCGGGGUCAGCCGCCGCAUCGUCCCCCAGCGACCCCCUGGCGCUGGCGGUGAGAGAUCCCAGCUUACCCAGACCCUCCAUCUCUCUGAUCCCCACUGGGGUCACCGCCCCAGGGGCAGACGUCACCAUCCGGUGUGAGGGGCAGCGCCGGGACGUGAGGUUCUUCCUGCACAAGGCUGGAGACCUGAACCCGCCGCGACACAUGGACCCUGCUGGGGACGGGGCCGAGUUCCGCAUCCCCACCGUGGUCUGGCAGCACGGAGGGAACUACAGCUGCAGCUACCGGCCCCGAUCAGAGCCCUUCGUCUCCUCGCAGCCCAGCGACCCCGUGCAGCUGGUGGUAGCAAAGCCCAGCUACCCCAAACCCAGCAUCUCCCUGAACCCCAGCGGCGUGGUCUCCCUGGGGGGAACCGUGUCCGUCUGGUGUCGGGGGCAGCACCAGGGCAUGCGGUUCGUGCUGAAUAAAGAAGGACGCCAUUUCCCACCUGUGGAUCCGAGCGGGUUUGAGGCUGUGUUUCCCAUCAGCAACGUGCGCCGGGAGGACAGGGGGAGCUACAACUGCUCCUAUCAAAGCAGAUCAAAGCCGUCUGCCAGGUCGUCCCCCAGCGACCCCGUGGAUCUGGUAGUGAGAGAUCCCAGCUUACCCAGACCCUCCAUCUCUCUGAGCCCCACUGGGAUAACCGCCCCAGGGGCAGACGUCACCAUCCGGUGUCAGGGGCAGCGCCGGGACGUGAGGUUCUUCCUGCACAAGGCUGGAGACCUGAACCCGCCGCGACACAUGGACCCUGCUGGGGACGGGGCCGAGUUCCGCAUCCCCACCGUGGGCUGGCAGCACGGAGGGAACUACAGCUGCAGCUACCGGCUCCCAUCAGAGCCCUUCGUCUCCUCGCAGCCCAGCGACCCCAUGCAGCUGGUGGUAGCAGAUCCCAGCUUACCCAGACCCUCCAUCUCUCUGAGCCCCACUGGGGUCACCGCUCCAGGGGCAGACGUCACCAUCCGGUGUCAGGGGCAGCGCCGGGACGUGAGGUUCUUCCUGCAGAAAGCUGGAGACCUGAACCCGCCGCGACACAAGGACUCUGCUGGGGACGGGGCCGAGUUCCGCAUCCCCACCGUGGGCCAGCAGGACGGAGGGAACUACAGCUGCAGCUACCGGCCCCGAUCAGAGCCCUUCAUCUCCUCGGACCCCAGCGACCCCGUGGAGCUGGUGGUAGCAGAGCUCAGCUACCCCAAACCCAGCAUCUCCCUGAGCCCCAGCGGAGGGGUCUCCCUGGGGGGAGCCGUGGCCGUCUGGUGUCGGGGGCAGCACCGGGGCAUGCGGUUUGUGCUGAAUAAAGAGGGACGCCAUUUCCCACCCAUGGCUUCGAAGGGUUUUGAGGCUGUGUUUCCCAUCAGCAACGUGAGCCGGGAGGACCGGGGGAACUACAACUGCUCCUAUCACAACAGAUCGGGGUCAGCCGCCGCAUCGCCCCCCAGCGACCCCGUGGAGCUGGUGGUGAGAGAUCCCAGCUUACCCAGACCCUCCAUCUCUCUGAGCCCCACUGGGGUCACCGCCCCAGGGGCAGACGUCACCAUCCGGUGUCAGGGGCAGCGCCAGGACGUGAGGUUCUUCCUGCACAAGGCUGGAGACCUGAACCCGCCGCGACACAUGGACCCUGCUGGGGACGGGGCCGAGUUCCACAUCCCCACCGUGGGCCGGCAGCACGGAGGGAACUACAGCUGCAGCUACCGGCCCCGAUCAGAGCCCUUCAACUCCUCGGACCCCAGCGACCCCGUGCAGCUGGUGGUAGCAGAGCCCAGCUACCCCAAACCCAACAUCUCCAUGAGCCCCAGCGGGGGGGUCUCCCUGGGGGGAACCGUGUCCGUCUGGUGUCGGGGGCAGCACCGGGGCAUGCGGUUCGUGCUGAAUAAAGAGGGACGCCAUUUCCCACCUGUGGAUUCGAACGGGUUUGGGGCUGUGUUUUUCAUCAGCAACGUGAGCCGGGAGCACGGCGGGAGCUACAGCUGCUCCUAUCACAGCAGAUCGGGGUCAGCUGCCGCGUCGUCCCCCAGCGACCCCGUGGAGCUGGUGGUGAGAGAUCCCAGCUUACCCAGACCCUCCAUCUCUCUGAGCCCCACUGGGGUCACCACCCCAGGGGCAAACGUCACCAUCCGGUGUCAGGGGCAGCGCCGGGACGUGAGGUUCUUCCUGCACAAGGCUGGAGACCGGGACCUGCCGCGACACAUGGACCCUGCUGGGAACGGGGCCAAGUUCCACAUCCCCACCGUGGGCCGGCAGCACGGAGGGAGCUACAGCUGCAGCUACCGGCCCCGAUCAGAGCCCUUCGUCUCCUCGCAGCCCAGUGACCCUGUGCAGCUGGUGGUAGAAGAGCCCAGCUACCCCAAACCCAGCAUCUCCCUGAGCCCCAGCUGGGGGGUCUCCCUGGGGGGAGCCGUGGCCAUCUGGUGUCGGGGGCAGCACCGGGACAUGCAGUUCAUGCUGAAUAAAGAGGGACGCCAUUUCCCGCCUGUGGAUCCAAACGGGUUGGAGGCUGUGUUUCCCAUCAGCAACGUGCGCCGGGAGGACGGCGGGAGCUACAACUGCUCCUAUCACAGCAGAUCGGAGCCGUUUGCCAUGUCGUCCCCCAGCGACCCCGUGGAGCUGGUGGUGAGAGAUCCCAGCUUACCCAGACCCUCCAUCUCUCUGAGCCCCACUGGGGUCACCCCCCCAGGGGCAAACGUCACCAUCCGGUGUCAGGGGCAGCGCCGGGACGUGAGGUUCUUCCUGCACAAGGCUGGAGACCUGAACCCGCCGCGACACAUGGACCCUGCUGGGGACGGGGCCGAGUUCCACAUCCCCACCGUGGGGCGGGAGCACAGAGGGAGCUACAGCUGCAGCUACCGGCCCCGAUCAGAGCCCUUCGUCUCCUCGCAGCCCAGCCACCCCGAGCAGCUGGUGGUAGCAGCAGUCCCCUCAGGGCGACCGGAUUUCACCCACGCCAACAUCGCCCGCCUGGUGCUGAGCGCCGUGAUCCUGCUCGUCCUGGGGCUGAUCCUGGCCGAGACCUAUUACAGCCCCCCAAGGGAGGUGCCCUAGGGGAGGUGCCCCCCG